AUGUAUCGAUUUCACAUAAUGGCAAGGCGAAAGGAUCCUUCCUGGAGACGCACUGUUGCAUGGGAACUCUCACGACCUCUUGAGGGUCCAUCUUUGUCUGAUGUCAAUGGUAUCUUCCAGUCUAUGGAUGAAGUUCGCCAAAGGUUGAGUGAAACUGAGAAGAAACUGAGGAUGGCUAGCAAAAACUGGAAGAAAUUUCCCCUCAUCUCAUCCAGUCCCUUUGAAUCCUCAGCUGCAAUGUUUCAUAGUGACCAAUAUCAUGAAGCAUCCCUGCCUAAUUCAUGCAAUGCCCAUUUAGAAGUGAAUUAUAGGUGCUUAGAGGUGGAUCAUUCCACCACAAGUGAGUUGAGUGAAACUGAGAAGAAACUGAGGAUGGCUAGCAAAAACUGGAAGAAAUUUCCUCUCAUCUCAUCCAGUCCCUUUGAAUCCUCAGCUGCAAUGUUUCAUAGUGACCAAUAUCAUGAAGAUAGUGACGCAAUCCUGGGAUCUUUCUGGGCGGAUGCCAGGAUUCGCCCGUUACUCAGGGUCUCCGUGAACCUGACCCCGAGAAACCGUGAGGCCAAUAAAGGGUAG